AUGCAAUUAAUUGAUUUCAUCUCUGUUUUGGCUGCCUCCAUCUUUUUGACUUUGGCUCAAGCUUCAAUUCCUACCAGUUGUUCAAAAUUUGACAACCUAGACGCUUUCCAAUGUGUAGCCACAACCGCUUGUAAUGUUCCAUACACUUAUACCAUGGUAUACAGUUGGGGUGUCUGGAGAGAUCCAGAAGACAAACACUUAUAUGGUGUCAAUCACAUCACUAUUUGUACUCCAAAACCUGGUUUAGAAACUGCCACUUCUAAGACUACUAAAACUACUGAUGCAACCACUAAGUCUAAGACUACCACUACCAUCACUGGUACUUCAACAACUGUAGAAUCUACAGAACCAUCUCCAACUGUCGCUACCACCGCCAGUGUCACUGCUAGUGAUUCCAAUUUAACUACUUCAACUACUUCAACUUCUAGUUCUUCUUCUACAUCUGAAACCACUUCAACUACUUCCACCACCGAAACUACUUCAACUACUUCAACUACUUCCACCUCCCAAAGUACUAUCUCCUUCCCAACUAUGUCAAUGAAGCCAUUUCCAACUAUGUCAAUGAAGCCAUUUCCAACUAUGUCUAUGAAGCCAUUCCCAACUAUGUCUUUCAAGCCAUUCCCAAAGUUUCCAGCCUUUAGAUUCAACAGACCAGUUCAAACUACCUUAACUACUGCUAUUUUUGCUACAGAUGGUCACCCAGAUAUCAAAGCUGGUGAGUACGCUCCAUUAACUGAAGAAGCUCAAUUGUAA